CGCUGCUCGUGGAGGGGGGAGGCGCCUGCUGCCUGCGCCGGGCCCAGCCUCAGCCGCACAAGUGUCCGGCUACGCCAAGCGGCGGGCUCCAGCCGCGCCUUGCGCCCGGCCCGGCGGCGGACCCAUAGGAUGUGAUGGAGCUCUUAGAGGAAGACCUCACCUGUCCCAUUUGUUGUGGCUUGUUUGAAGAACCUCGGGUUUUACCUUGUUCUCACAACUUUUGCAAGAAGUGUUUGGAGGGGAUCCUAGAGGGAAAUGUCCGCAGUGUGGUUUGGAGACCACCCCCCAUUUUCAAGUGUCCUACCUGCCGUAAAGAAACUCCUGUUUCAGGAAUCAACAAUUUACAAGUCAACUACUCCCUGAAAGGUAUUGUGGAGAAGUAUAACAAAAUAAAAGUAACUCCCAAAAUGCCUAUAUGUAAGGUGCACAGUGGGCAGCCCCUCAAUAUUUUCUGCCGGACAGAUAUGCAGCUGAUAUGUGGUGUCUGUGCCACUCGAGGUGACCACACAAAGCAUGUAUUUUGCUCCAUUGAAGAUGCCUAUUCACAGGAGAAGUGUGCUUUUGAAACCCUGUUUCAGGGCUUUGAAACGUGGCGUUGUGGGGAUGCACUCUCUCGGCUAGACACCUUGGAAACAAGCAAGAGGAAAGCACUGCAGAUGCUGACAAAGGAUUCAGACAAAGUGAAAGAGUUCUUUGAGAAGCUGCAGCACACACUGGAGCAGAAAAGAAAUGAGAUUCUGUCUGACUUUGAGACCAUGAAGCUUGCAGUGAUGCAGGCCUAUGACCCAGAAAUCAAUAAACUGAACACAAUUCUACAAGAGCAACGAAUGGCUUUUAACAUUGCAGAAGCCUUUAAGGAUGUGUCUGAGCCCAUUAUAUUUCUGCAACAGAUGCAGGAGUUCAGGGAAAAAAUCAAAGUGAUCAAGGAAACCCCUCUGCCUUGUUCCAAUGUAGACAUUAAUCCCACAAUAAAGAACUUUGAUACCAGCCAGUGGAAUGGUAUAAAACUAGUAGAUGUGGACAAGCUUUCUUUGCCUCAGGAAAACAGCAUGCUUAAUUUCAAGAUUCCCUCAGUCUUUUCACACAAAUUUGUAGUGACUUCUCUGAUUUGCUUAUUUAUCCUUGCAGCCGCCAGAAUGACCUUUGUGGAAUCUGUCUUUGACAAUCUUCAGUGCUGGAAAACUCAACUUUUUACAAUUGGCUCAUCCUAUCUGGCAGACACUGCGGAGAUAGCUGACCAUGCCGUGUUUUACUGGGAGCAAAUGACAGAUGGAGCUUCACUUCUAAGUGAAAAGUGCAAAAAUUAUACACUAGUGAUAUUGGAUAAUGUUGCACAAUUUGUGUGCAAAUAUAAACUCUUAUAAUGUCCACUACCAAAGCCCAAGAAGUGAACAGAAUUCUGGUGCAGAAAACGUAACAGUGCAUGCACAGUUUUAAAUAAAAAUCUCUGGUUUCUGAUGGAAGCAUUUAAGACUCAGAAUGUUUACUGAGUUAUUUAUAUUGUUCAUGUAGUUCAAGCACGGAUAUGCUGGAAGGUGAAACCGAACUUUGGAGAAACGUACUUUUGUUUCUGAGAGCUUGUUCCCAAAAACAUUUUGAAAUAAUGCACUUCCUUGCUCUAACCAAAAUAUAAGGGAAAACUAACAAUGUGUAUUGUCAAAUAUUAAUAUAACUGUAUGAGUGAUUUUACAUGUCCUAGAGUAAAAAGUGCUGAUCCCUAAAUGCAUCAACAUUUUGUUGUUGUGGGAGGUUCUUUGAAAUUAGAAAGGACACUUCUGAUUGCUAAGAGAGGUGGGCUGCAAAGUUUGCCUAAGACUGGCCAUCCAUUGCAAAAUACAGAGUGGUACUUAACUCUUCAUAACUGAAGAUGUUAAAUUUCACUGAUUCCUCAUCCUGGGUAUAAGCAGUACUAUAUAUACAUUGGCUAUUGAUUACAGGGUUUAGUUUAAAAAAAAAAGUCUUCAGGGCAGUGGUCUCGAACAAAUUGCAAUAGGAAAGAGAAAUAAGUGGAAGUGAGUGGGGCAGAACAAGCUGCAAGGUGCUCUUAUAUGCUGUGCAAUGUCGCUUUUCCAGCUCCAGUCCUGUCAAGGGAUUGAGCUAUCUUCAUGUUGGAUUCAUGGUUUGUUUUUAAAAGCCACCUGCAACUGUGUCUUUCUACAAAGUGCCUCUAAUGUAAAGAAUUUAAGCUCCCUAUUGGGAAAUGCACCCACUUGCUCACAAUUGGGGAUACAGUGCGUCUCAUUGUGGCAGUGAGGGUAAAGUACUUAUAUGGUGAAUGCAUGGACUAAGGAGUUUUGUCCAUUCCCUUCCCCUUGGUGGUGGUGGUUGGAAGUAAGAACAGAGCCUGCUUUAAGGUGAAAGAAUGACAGUUCCACCCUGCUCAACAGCCAGGAAGCAAACCUCCCUAAAAACACAAUCUUCCGAGCAAUGUGAGGCCGGUGGAGGGAGGAGCAUCUCUUCAUUGCCUCCCCACAUCAGUCAAUCAUAACUUCAGCAGUUGGAGAGAUGGGGUGCUGCCUGUAAACCUGCUGUGUAAUCAAUCCAUGAACAUUGGCCUUGUCUUGCUGUGUUAGGAAACUCCUUAGCCCUGAGAUAGGUCAUGUUCCUUUUCUCUGCUCUGCCGUUGGAGCAUGGGUUGGCAUACAUGUGCUACCUUUAAUCUAGCUAGCACAUCUGAAAAUAGCAGUGAUGACAUGGCAGCAUGGGCAAUACAAGUAUGUAUCCAGGGGCCCAGGCAGACUUGUACAGCUUCAGCUGAAACCUGUGGUGCUGUGAAUUCUUUGCUAUUCUCAGCACUACUAGCUAAAUUAAAGCUAGUGUGGGUAUGUCAGCCCGUGUGGCAGUUGCACCUCCAGUUGCAGUGUAGACUUACUCCGUAUCAUUCCAUUGGCUGCAGUGCACCUGGGAAGAAUUAGUUUAGUGAGUUUCAUGACUUAACUCUAGGAUAAUUGAAUAUAGAAAGAAAUAAUAAAUCAUUACCAUAUCUCUGUAUGGAUAUUUCAUACAAACAUAUUAAUAAUCAAAUCCUUUCAGAUCAUGAAACAUUUUGUGAAAUACACUUCCAACUACUCUGAAAUGUUCAUUCCAGAGCAUGAUUGUGGAGUUGCCUUAAAGUACAUUGAACAUUUCUUUUAGCAGUGGGUCCCCCACAGUGGUAUAGAAAUGAAAUCAUCUUGUGGUGCUGUAAAACUCAAAUAUUUAUACUGAAUGUCUUGCUUUUGGGGAUAGUUCUUGGUUUUUAUCAGGAUUUUUCAAAACUUGGAGUCAGUCAACCAUUUUUCAACAGUCUUUGGAAGCUGUUCAUUUUUUAUUUUUUUAUUUUUGUUUCAAGAGUCCAAGUUCCCAAGCAACCAGGACCUGUAAACAGCUAUCUUUAAUUGUAUUUAUGCUUCUUGUUGCCUGGGAACCCUAACGGUGCUACACACCUCACCCCAAACAUACAGUAAGAUUACUGAAUGGUACUUGCAGUCCCAGUUGAUUUGCAGUUUAGGAAUAGUCUGGUUAGAAAGACAAAGGUCAGUGUUAACCUUGAUCGGUGGAGAGACAAUAUGAGCAAUCAAGAAGUGGCCAUUUUGAAUGUGGGAGGCUCAAAAUUUACAACAUGGGCUUCCACCCUGCGGAGGUUCCCAGAGUCCAGGUUAGCACGGAUGUUGAAUGGCAAUGACCACGAAUUCAGGCUGGUGAAUGGACAAUUCUUUGUGGACAGAGAUGGAACUUUGUUUAAUUACAUCCUAGAUUUUUUGAGGACACUCCAGCUUUCUCUGCCCACUGACUUUUCAGACUAUCAGAGGCUGCAAAGAGAAGCGGACUUCUAUGAGCUCCACUCCCUGGCUGAUCUCCUGAGCCAGGAAAACUUGCUGAAGCCGAGACCAGAGAUCUUGGAAGUGCGAUUCUUGCUCCAGGAAACUCAGGCCUUUUUUCGAGUCUUUGGCUCUUGCAGCAACACUAUUGAGGUACUGGCUGGACGGGUAACUAUGUUUACAGAGCAGUCCUUGAGACAGAACUGGAAUAAUAAUCCUUUCCCUUCUCAGAAGCUCCUCACUCCACUUCCUUUGGAGAGACCUUCUCAUCAUGACCUGGUUUUUCAAUGUGGCACUGACUAUUCUGCUGGUGACCAGUUAGUGGCAAGGUAUUCACCUUGUGUGGCUUUUCUUUCUUGAAAUAAUUCCAAGACUUCUACUUCAUAAAAUACAUGCAAUUUGCUUCACUGUGAUGAGAUCAUGGGAUAAUCAAUUGCUGGUUCAAUGCCAAGAGGUGACUGAUUUAACUCCUGUUAUACUGAUCUAACUUGUAAGUUUCCUUAACUUUUUUAAUGGAUUUUUGAAAACAUCUUAUUCUCCUAAUUCAUUUGACCUUCCUCUCACCUUUUUGCUCUUUCUAUAUUUCUGAUGUGUCUAUCCAGUGGGAUGGCUGAGUCACACCGAGAAGCUAUUGGAAAAUGCAAAAUUAAAAUACAGGAGAAGAACCACUUGCCAGCAGUAAUAUUUUUGUGCUCUUGAUUCUCUGCCUAGAUAGAUCCUGCUGUUUGUCCCAUAUGUAACUGCCUCGGUGUUCUGUCAGCCAAAUGACAUAUCUGAAAGGGUUCACUUCUCCUGUAGUAGGCAGAAUGUUCGAUAACUGAAAACAAAGUCUGUGAGUUGUCUGAAGUAAUAAUGGGCAAUCACUGAAGAUGUUCCUAAUUGGCUGAACUGAUUACUAAUGGUAGAAAAUACUUUAUCUUAACCACCUCUCCUUUGAGAUGUUUAACUCAGAGCAUGCAGGGUACCUUUCUUUUUUCUGAGGAAAGAAGGAAGCUGAUCUCUCUCAUUAGUGAGGUUGCUAAGUCUGAAUGUGGGCUAAUACAAGUUUAGAAAAUUAUAAAAUGAGUUUUGUCACACAUGCCAUUCCCUUGUGCACGUAAGCAUCUAUAAUGCUUGUAACCUACAAACUGGGAAAACUAGGAAUAAAUUGGAUAAAGUUCUUGUGGGAAAGUUUUCCCAGAUAAAUGUGGAAUAAGCUGGGGAAGGGAGGAGGGGAAGAUAAUUAAAAUGGCUACAAACGUACCCCGUAGAUUUCAUUUUGGAGAAGGGGAGAACAGAAUGAUGGAAGUGGGGAUGGAAAACAAAGGUGGAGUUAAGAUAAUGGACCUUCCUUGUUCCUUAACUAUAGAUGUGGGUUUUUGUUUUGAAGAAUAUAAAUUGUAUACACUACAUGAGUUUGGAGGGAGAGUGGGGGCUUAAGAGCUUGGUCCUCUUGCCAUUGAUUUUUCAGUGGGAAAUCGGUGACCUCUAUGCUAGCCACAACAGGCUCUAGUUACAUAGUUUAUAAUGCUUUUUAGAAGCUCUAAAGAGUGGCUUUAUUAUACAGUUGGAAUUUGUCUCCAUACAGGAAAAGAUAACGUAGUUUAUCGUCUGUGGCUCUUGGAAUGCCUGGAUUUUUUUAUGGACACUUCACUGGAAUAGUUCCAGUAGGGUUAUUCUCUCUUGAAAUAUAUAAAUUUAAACAAUUAAGAGAAUGCUGGAUUUAAAAAAUUCAGUAGGGUUUAUCUUUAUAUUUUGACUUUCUUUAGCUGAAUAAUUGUAAGAAGCUCAUUCUGGGCUUUCUCACGUAGAACAUAUAAGAUGGCACUUAAAUGGUAUAUAACUUAUAGCUUAUUGGACUAACUAUGCAUCAAUGUAGGUUAUGGCAACUUAAAAACAGUGAGAUGUAGUUUGUUAUAACCUCUUUUCUGACUUUGAUUAAUCAAGCUACACUUUUCUGUUGAACUGCGGAGGAAAAAUCUUACAAACUUAUCUCUCAUCAAUCAUUUGUGGUUGUAUGGAAUCUUUACCUUUUAGUGCUUCUUGUGGACCUUUGUACUUUUUUCAUGAACUAUGGAGCAAUUCUGCCUAUCAAUUUAUGCUACUUUCUAACCGUAUUUUUACAUGGCUUUUGUUCCUUGAGGUGUCUGGAUGAAUUUUUAAACCUCCUGUACUUUAUUCCAAGUAAAAUCAGUUUACUUUAGUUGCAAAUAAAGUUCAUAAUUGUAACAAAAAAAAGCUGCUGUGGAAGGCAAACGACCAGUAAACUUCCCUGUUAAUAGGGAGAGGUGCUUUGUAAUGAGGAGUGCUGCUAUGUAAAUGAACCCAGUUCUGCUGACUUUGCACCAGUUUGACUCUUCUUAUCUGAGAAACUGCUGUACAUUAAGCGUUCUGUCAGUCAUUUCCCCUCCAUUAAAUUAAACAAAAUUUAAGAGUUGUUACAAUCACUUGUAAGGAAAAAGUGAACUUCAUAGUGGAAAAACAAAGUGUCUAUUCUGUAAAAAUAUCAUUGGUUAAACUGAAAGAAAUAGCUGUGCUUGUAAUAAAGAAUCAAUAUAUUUAGAAAACAAACUAGAGCUGUUGAUUAAUCACAGUGAACUCACAUGAUUAACUCAAAAAUUAGUUGUGAUUAAUUACAGUUUUAAUCGCACUGUUAAUAGAAUACCAAUUGAAAUGUAUUAAAUAUUUUUGGAUGUUUUUCUACAUUUUCAUAUAUAUUGUAUUCUGUGUUUGUAAUUGAAAUCAAAGUGCAUAUUAUUUUUGAUGAUAAAUAUUUGCACUGUAAAAAUGAUACACAAGAAAUUGUAUUUUUCAGUUCACCUCCUAAAAGUACUGUAGUGCAAUCUAAGUCCACUCUGUCCUCCUUCUUGUUCAGCCAAUUGCUAAGACAAACAAGUUUGUUUACAUUUUCAGGAGAUAAUGCUGCCCUCUCUUUAUUUACAAUGUCACCAGAAAGUGAGAACAGGCGUUUGCAUUGCACUUUUGUAGCUGGCAUUGCAAGGUAUUUAUGGGCCAGAUAUGCUAAACAUUCGUAUGCCCCUUCAUGCUUCAGCCACCAUUCCAGAGGACAAGCUUCCAUGCUGAUGACGCUUGUUUAAAAAAAAAAUGUGUUCAUUAAAUUUGUGACUGAACUCCUUGGGGGAGAAUUGUAUGUCUCCUGCUCUCUUUUACCUGCAUUCUGCCAUAUAUUUCAUGUUAUAGCAGCCUCGGAUGAUGACCCAGCACAUGUUCGUUUUAAGAACACUUUGACAGCAGAUUUGACAAAACACAAAGAAGGUACCAAUGAGAGAAUUCUAAAGAUAGCUACAGCACUCGACCCAAGGUUUAAGAAUCUGAAGUGCCUGUCAAAAUCUGAGAGGGACGAGGUGUGGAGCAUGCUUUCAGAAGUCUUAAAAGAGCAACACUCUGAUGCAGAAACUACAGAACCCGAACCACCAAAAAAGAAAAUCAACUUUCUGCUGGUGCAUCUGACUCAUAUUGAAAAUGAACAUGUGUCGGUCUACACUGCUUUGGAUUGUUAUUGAGCAGAACCCAUCAUCAGCAUGGACGCAUGUCCUCUGAAAUGGUGGUUGAAGCAUUAAGGGACAUAUGAAUCUUUAGCGCAUCUGGCACGUAAAUACCUUGCAACGCCAGCUACAACAGUGCCAUGUGAACGCCUGUCCUCACUUUCAGGUGACACUGUGAACAAUAAGCAGGCAGCAUUAUCUCCUGCAAAUGUAAACAAACUUGUUUGUCUAAGCAAUUGGCUGAACAAGUAGUAGGACUGGGAGUGGACUUGCAGGCUCUAAAAUUUUACAUUGUUUUAUUUUUGAAUGCAGUUUUUUUUGGUGCAUAAUUCUACAGUUGUAAGUUCAACUUUCAUGAUAAAGAGAUUGCAUUACCGUACUUAUAUUAGCUGAAUUGAAAAAUACUCUCUCUUGUUUUUUUUACAGUGCAAAUACUUGUAAUAAAAAAUAAAUAUAAAGUGAGCACUGUGCAUUUUGUAUUCUGUGUUGUAAUUGAAAUCAAUAUAUUUGAAAAUGUAGAAAACAUCGAAAAAAAACUUAAAUGUUGUUCUAUUAUUAUUUAACAGUGCAAUUAAUUGCAAUUAAAUCACGCGACAGCCCUAAAACUAAUCUAGAUUCUUGGCUAGUGUAAAUCAGUGCAGCUCUGUUGUAGUCAAUGGGAGUCAUGCUGAUUUACAUCAGCUGAGAAUUUGGCCCUGUUACAUAAAUGGUUCCAUCCUCCAAGAAGGAUGUUAACUCGCAAUCGCACUUUUCUCUUUCUCUAGGUACGUCUCUAUAAAACCUGAUCAUAGAAAACUGAUUAAUGGAACGAACGUACUAGGCCUACUGGUUGACACGUUACUUAGAGAAGGAUUUCACCUUGUAAGCACCAGAACAGUCUCCACUGAAGAAAAAGUUGAAUGCUACAGUUUUGAAAGGAUGAAGAGGCCAGAAACCCUUUUUCUCACUGCCAACCAAAGCCCAGAAAGCCCUGGUGGAGCACAGAUGAAGUUAACUCCGAUGCACAAGCAGAAAUGAAACCUGUUUCUUUACUACCUAUCCUUUUGAAUCUGGGAAGAGACACAUGUAGACACUACUAACCCCACUAUUUCUUUUUUAUUUGAAAUUGCAACUAUUGAGGGUGGUAACAACUGUCAAUUUUUAUAAAUUUCUCAAAAAAUCA